CAGCGCCUUCCACGGCACAUGCAGAGGGCACAUGCAGCGUGUCUUUACCAGCGCAUAACACGCUCGAAUAAGCGCAUCCAGCUCAGCUCAGUGCUUACACACCCUCAAAUGAACGAGCACGCCAGGAUAAAGAGGAAACUGAAACCAAGGAGAUCAAGAGGCACGUUAGAGUGAGAUAAAUCCCCGUCAAAGAGAACAACAGAGCUUGACGGCUCCCACUAAAUCCAGUCACAUUUGCCAAUCACCUGAAAACGUGAUUGAUGUGGGUGUGUACGGGUGUAAGUGGAAGUCGAGUUUGACAGCCCUGCAGAAAUGCUAUGGUACUUCAGUGAGCCAUCAUCCCAGACCUAUUGCGCGUUGCAUACAAGAUAGGAAGCGGAGUGUACAGGUAGAGGUGGAUCUGUAUACCUGUGUGACCGUGCCGCGAGUGUAUUUUUACCGACUAUUUGGCUCCACUGCCAAAUGCUUUGCGCGAGAGGAACUGCUUGCCUCAUUUGGGCUACACGCUGUAUGCGCAGGUAUUUCGUGACUUUUCACCUGUUUUUAUCCGACUUUUGCUUUCACAUACUGAGAGACUUUCGUGAAGACUGAUUAUUUUCAAGACAGAGACUCUAUAACAUCAAGAAUGGAUAACAGUCCUGGAAGUGUGAUUCUGUAUGCUGGUAGCAGUGGCAGUGCCAGUCCAAGUCCAGGAAGCCCGUCCAGUGGUUAUCAAACCCAGUCUCCAUCCUCUCAAUCCCAGCCCUCCUCCCCAGAAGAAGUCACCUUCACUGAGAUCGGAGCCCUCAAGCAGCAGAGAGGUGGAGGAACCCCAUCUUCUCCAAAACUGGUCUUUCAGUUCCCUGAGGUCUACAACAACUCAUCAGCAAGCUCAAACCAGCAUAACUACUCCCACCCCAUCGCUGGCAAAAGGCCUUGUGGGUUCACUGGGACAUUCACCAAGACGGGAGGCAUGGUGCUCCUGUGUAAAGUGUGCGGAGAUAUUGCAUCAGGAUUUCACUAUGGCGUCCAUGCGUGUGAAGGAUGCAAGGGAUUUUUCCGGCGAAGCAUUCAGCAGAACAUUAACUACAAGAUGUGCGUGAAGAACGAAAACUGCAUGAUUAUGCGCAUGAAUCGCAACCGAUGCCAGCAUUGCCGCUUCAAGAAAUGCCUGUCUGUCGGCAUGUCCCGUGACGCUGUACGUUUCGGCCGCAUCCCUAAACGUGAGAAGCAGCGUCUGUUGGAUGAGAUGCAGAGCUACAUGAACAGCCUCAACGAAUCAUCUAGCAUGAACAUGGAAACCUCCCCACCACAGGAACCGCCCACCAGCCCCGACGAGAACCAAUCCAAAGAGGCCAUCGGUGCCUUAUCCAGAGCCUACCAGGACAUCUUCACGACCGCGCAGGACCACAUGAACAAAAGAUCAGGCAACGUCAAUACCAGCAGCAGAUCAAGCCCCUUUCAAAACAAUCCAUCUCAGGAAACCAACUAUCCUCACGCUAACCCUCAUCCGGGGUAUCAUUCGGCCACCCAGGAAAGUUUUCGCUGCCAGGUUUCGUCUCCUACCGAGAGCAAGUGCCCAGUCUCACUGAUGGACAACAAUCGGUACAGCUACGCUCCUUCGUUCAAUCAAAAUCACAGCCAAUCAGAACCCACUCUUUCCAACUAUAACAGCUACCCGGUUGGCGAGUCCCAAAGCCAGACCUCGUGUCCGUUCAAGCUACCCAUUGGCUCCAAAGUGCUGGCCUGUCCGUUGAACGCAUGCCCCGUGUCAGCACCUGGCGUCUCCAGUCAGCAGGUGUGGGAAUCUUUCUCGCAGUGCUUCACCCCAGCUGUUCGUGAAGUGGUGGAGUUUGCGAAGGGCAUACCAGGCUUUCAAGAGCUUUGCCAACAUGACCAAGUCAUGUUGCUGAAGGCAGGAACUUUCCAGGUGCUUAUGGUGAGGUUUUGCUCACUAUUCAACUAUAAGGAACGAACUGUAACGUUUCUAAACGGGCAGACGUACCCUCUGGCGACUCUUAGGGGCCUGGGCAUGGGCUCCUUGCUGAAUGCCAUGUUUGAGUUUAGUUCGAAGUUGUGCUCUCUUGGUCUGGAGUCGGAUGAGAUGGCGCUUUUUAUGGCCGUGGUUUUGGUUUCUGCAGAUUGCUCUGGCAUUUCGGAUGCAGUGGCUGUUGAACAAUUGCAGGAGAGCCUCAUCCAGGCGUUGCGCACCCUAGUGACCCGCCGUCGCCCUGACGACAACUCGCUCUUUUCCAAGCUGCUCCUGCGUCUGCCAGAUCUGCGUACCCUCAACAGCCUUCACUCCGACAAGUUGCUGGCCUUCCGCAUCGACCCUUGAGCUCUUCCAAUUGGUCGAUACAGCUGCCACUCAACCCUGGCCAGUAACGGCUUACUGACUUUUAUCAAGAGGAAAAACGGUGUUGAGCAAGUUCUUAAAGAUAAGGAACAUGACAAACAGAUGCUCUCAGCAAGAUCAAAAUAAGACUUUAUCUCCAUUUGAGCUUUUACGGAUCGUAUGCAUACAGGCAUUGGCCACGUAUCCUCUGUCCUUCCAUUCAGCUAGCCUCAAAAGCAUUGAUGUUUAUAUUUAUCACAGAGGAAGCAAUGCCAGUCAUAUCAUAAAUAAGCUUACCGCUGAACUUUGAACCAUUGACCAAAAACGGGUCAUUCCUUUGUACCGCCGUCUGCAAUUUAAGCACAGAGUGUUUAGUCAGCACGAACACGAUGUAUACAGUAGGAUAAUUUUAGGGACCAUUUUAAGCCGGAUGUGUGAGUGUAUGUGCCUAUGUGUUUAAGAAAGGGACUGAAUACCGUGUACAUAUGCCAUAGAUAUCAUAUAUGCAGUUAGAUUGAAUACAAACUUCAUCUGUGAGUGUUAAAUGUACACAAAAUGUACUGUAUCUACAAGAUCACUUUACCAUUUAAGUUGUUUAAAAAGUUACAAAGAAACAAGCAAAUGGUUUUAAAUGUCAUUUCACGUUUGGAAAUAGAUAAUGCAAGCAUCAUAUUUGUUCAUUUGCAUUUUAUAUCAUUAUCACAAUACUGUAUUUCAAGUAUAUUACCACCUGUACUUCUCUAUGAGUAUAUACAAAACCAGCAAACAUUCUCCUACGCAUGUUUUAUAGUUUUUCUUGUGGUUUUCUUACUGUAAACAUUGCAAAAUGACAUUAUCAUUGGAUGAUCGCAGGAUGUGGGACGUUAUUGACGGAGAUGGUGCAUUUGGUGCCUUGUAAGCAGUGGACUGUAUAGCUGUGCAUUGAGAGAAAGGCCCUGAACUUUUUAGCACCAGCAGAGACCCACAGGACCUUCAUCAAGAAGGCCUGCUUUUAUCCAUUGACUUAUGGUUGUUGAAAUGAUGUUAAUCAUAUAGUAAUGUAUAUUUUGUAAAUUGUUUUCUUCUGUAGAAGCAAUAUAAAUAUAAGAUUAUCUAUCUUGU